UUUAAACAUUGAAGAGGGGUGUACACACUGGCCGCGAGAUGCACGUUGAGGAAACGCAGCAAAAGGUAAACAAGGCCAAAAAGGCGGAUAAAAAGCAGCGGAGAUGUCUUGCAAUCAUCAAAAAUGACUGCGAGGUGUCUCCAAGCGAUGAACCCACCACAUACCUGGCGAUUCUCAACGUGGGACUCAGCAAUGGACUUACGGAGGAGUGUCUGCUAACGGAGGCUGCCGCGACCGGCGGAAAAGUCAUUCAGGUGGUCAUGUUGCCGGGCAAAUCUUACUGUUUUUUGAUCUGCGCAAGCUUGGAGGACUCACAGCACAUAUAUGAGGGGAUGCACAACAUAUCGACCAUUGGACAACAGGGAGCUGUUGCCUACCUCAGCUAUGUAAAGCAAUUACCGGCUAUUGCGGGGAAAAGUGAGUGGAACAAGCCUCUUCCCAGAGGCCUUCACGUAAUUGAAGACUUUGUCACCGAAGAGGAGGAGUCAACGCUGUUGAGCGUCAUUGGUGGGGAUGGCAGAACCUCCGAAGUCACGGGAACUCUAAAGCAUCGAAACGUCAAGCAUUUUGGCUUUGAGUUUCUUUACGGUAGCAAUAAUGUGGAUCCCUUCAAGCCUCUGGAGCAGUCAAUACCAUCGGCCUGUGAUAUUCUGUGGCCGCGACUAGAUAGCUUCCCUUCCAACUGGGACUGGAGCUCUCCUGACCAGCUGACAGUGAAUGAAUACGAACCCGGUCAUGGAAUUCCUCCUCAUGUGGACACACACAGUGCUUUCUUGGAUCCCAUUCUCUCGUUGUCCCUGCAAUCCGAUGUGGUAAUGGAUUUCCGACGAGGAGAUGACCAGGUUCAAGUCAGACUUCCGCGCCGAUCCUUGCUGAUAAUGUCGGGUGAAGCUCGCUACGACUGGACACAUGGCAUCAAACCAAAGCACAUUGAUGUGGUACCCAGUGCAUCUGGCGGUUUGACCACUCAAGUCCGCGGCAAGAGAACUUCUUUGACUUUUCGACGUCUGCGAAAAGGUCCCUGCCACUGUUCGUACCCCGCGCUUUGCGACACACAGCAAACCAAGGUGCCACAGGAGUUGACUGCAUCACUGGCUGCUCAGGCCGUCACUCUGGAGCAACAGAAUGUCCACGAAGUGUACGAUAAGAUUGCGGAUCACUUUAGCGAAACGCGACACACGCCGUGGCCACAAGUAGCUGAAUUUCUGGACUCCUUUGAACCCCAAUCUGUGGUGCUGGACAUUGGUUGCGGCAAUGGCAAGUAUCUGGGCUGCAACCCGUUGCUCCUGGCCGUUGGUUGCGACAGAGCGCAAGGAUUACUUGCUGUAGGUCGUCGAAAGGGACAAAAUGUGUUUCGAUGCGACUGUCUUAUUGUGCCCGUCCGCUCGUCCAGCAUCGAUGGUUGCAUCAGUAUAGCGGUCAUUCAUCACCUGGCCACCAAGGAGCGUAGAUUGGCCGCCUUGCAGGAGAUGGCACGUGUUCUUCGACCUGGAGGGCGUGCUUUGGUUUACGUUUGGGCCAAGGAUCAGCGAAAGAAUGAUAAGAAGUCGACUUAUCUUCGGCAAAAUAAGGCAGUGAAUAAGGAGCGUACCACUGAGCAGCAGCAACGUCAGAGGCAACAUCAGGAACUGGAGCAGCAGCUGUCCAAUAAUAACCCACUUCCUAUUCACACUAAUCGCACUGAGUUCCAGCAGCAAGACGUUCUGGUGCCAUGGAAGACCAAGGAUGAACAGAAGACCACGUAUCUGCGAUACUACCAUGUCUUUGAGGAGCAGGAACUGGAAAACCUAGUGUCCCAGCUGCAAGAGGUACAAUUAAUCAAAAGCUACUACGACCAGGGCAAUCAUUGUGCGGUUUUUGAGAAAAUAUCCAAAAACUCUUUAUGAAAAGAUUACAUUUAUGUAAUUCGUUUAUUUGAUUUCAAAAAUACACAUUCACACAGUUUUA